AUGGCGUCGGGUAAUUUCGCAAAAUUGUUCAUUAAGUUGAUAUGCAACAAAGUUUAUUGCGCCGGCGGCAGGGACAACGGUUUCGGAAACAAUUACGUUUGGGCCGGUUCCCUUGAAUCGGGAAUACAGAUAGCGACGAACCACAAAAAGCCAGCGAUGGUCAUCAUCCAUAAAUCCUGGUGCAAAGCCUGCAAGAAUCUGAAGCCGAAGUUUGCGAGCUCGCCCGAGAUUCAGGAUUUGAGCAAACACUUUGUCAUGGUGAACCUGAUCGAUGACGAAGAGCCUGAAGGCAACACUUUCUCUCCCGACGGAUCGUACAUACCCAGGAUACUGUUCGUGUCGCCGAAAGGCCUGGUGGACCACGAAAUAUUCAACGAGGACGGCAGCAGCCAGCACAAAUUCUUCUACAGCAGACCGGAGCAGAUCGCGAAGUCGAUGAAGAAGGUAAUCGAGAAGUACAACUUGGAGAAGUUCGAUGCC